AAAAUAUCAACAAACAUCACCUUGCUUGUUGAACAGCACAACGUGAGCGUGUUUGCGUCUUUUUAUUUUACAAAGUUUAGGCGGAAUUUAUAAGAAUUAAUUUCUUUUGAACGCAUCAUUGAUAAGUGAAGUUGCUGGAAAUGGCGAAAAGGUUACCGGACAGAUGGCUAAAUUACACCAGCAUCGGAGCCCAGGUAGAGGGAACACCUUUCGUCCCUCUGAAAGUUCCGUUGAAAAAGGCAUUCUUCAAAGGCCGCUCACCAGAAAGCUUCACUCCGGCGGAUGUUCGCUCCCAGCUUCCGAAUCUGGGAAUGAUGAUUGAUUUGACCUACACGACGAAAUAUUACAGUCCAGUCGAAUUCAACAAUUACAAUAUUCAGCACAAAAAGCUCUUAACAAAGGGUCAUGAAAUACCGCAACGAUCGCUGGUAGACAAAUUCAUUGAAAUCGUCAAACAAUUUCUCAGUGAUGAACAGAACAAGGACAAGCAGAUUGGAGUUCACUGUACACAUGGGCUAAAUCGAACUGGUUACUUCGUGUGUGCCUACAUGAUUUUGGAGCAAGGCCGCAAUCCUCGUGAUACCAUCAAUGUGUUCAACAAGGCGAGAUUCCACAAGAUGGAGCGUGCCAACUACUUGAACUCGCUCAUGGCACUAAAUUCCGCCGAACGGGCCCCAAGUGACGAGCGGCGUCGUUCCUUCGAGGGUCGCGCUCCCCGCGAUUCGUACCAGCGAAACGACGACAGAAGUUACCAUCAAAGCAGCAGAAACGGACGAUACAACUAUGCGGAAGGAUCCGGCAACUGGAGGAGCGACAGAUCGCCCAGAAAGUUUGAGCCGUCCAGCUCUAGAGAGCAUCGAGAGAUUUACCGUCGACGGGAUUAUGACGGGAAUGGGGGUGACAAUGGACAUGCUGCCAAUGGCAACAGUGAGCGGUCCAGGCAGGUUGAGGCGAGAGGCCAGCGCAGCAAUCAGUACAGGUGGAGUAGAGAGGAACACCACUAGUGCGUGCGAGCAACUACAAAAUUGAUAUGAGUGCAAACGAUUUACCUGUGGCCGUUUAUUAUAAUUUUCUAAUAAAAUAAACUGUUAACGCA